AUGUGGUUGAAUCAGAACACCUUGCUGCUGGGGAAGAAGGUGGUCCUGGUGCCCUACACCUCAGAGCAUGUGCCCAGAUACCAUGAGUGGAUGAAAUCCAAGGAGCUGCAGCGGUUGACGGCCUCGGAGCCGCUGACCCUGGAGCAGGAGUACGCGAUGCAAUGCAGCUGGCGGGAGGACGCGGACAAGUGUACCUUCAUUGUGCUGGACGCAGAGAAAUGGCAGGCCCAGCUGGGCGCUGCCGAAGAGAGCUGCAUGGUGGGCGACGUGAACCUCUUCCUCACAGACCCGGGGGACCCUGCCAUGGGGGAGAUCGAGGUCAUGAUUGCGGAGCCCAUCUGCAGAGGCCGGGGGUUUGGUACCGAGGCUGUCCUCAUGAUGAUGUUUUAUGGAGUCACCAAGCUGGGUCUGACCAAGUUUGAGGCUAAAAUUGGACAAGGGAAUGAACCGAGCAUCCGUCUGUUCCAAAACCUUCACUUUGAGCAGGUGGCUGUGAGCAGUGUCUUCCAGGAGGUGACACUCAGACUGGCUGUGAGUGAGCCGGAGCGGCAGUGGCUGCUGAAGCAGACCAGCCACGUGACGGAGAAGCCAUAUAGAUCUGGGUGGGCAGAGCCCCACUGA